GGCCUCCACACCUCUGCUCUCCCCGCAACCAUGGUUGCCCUCACCCAGUCCUCCGCCGCGGGCGUUCUCGCUCUGCUCUUUGAUCCCGAACCACUGCUCAAGCAGUAUGCACUCAAGUCCCUCAAUUCGCUCGUGCCUCAGUUCUGGGCUGAGAUCUCGGAGCACAUUGCGCUCAUCGAAUCCCUCUACGAGAGCGAGGAGCUCCCUCAAGAGGCUCAUGACCAGGCUGCGCUCCUUGCGAGCAAGGUCUAUUACUACCUCGGCGAAUAUGAGGAGGCUCUGUCCUUUGCACUCGGGGCAGGAAGCGCGUUUGAGCAUGACAGCCGCACACCUGGAACCGAGGAAUACGUGGAGACCGUAGUCUCUAAAGCCAUUGACCGCUAUAUUAAGAGCCGAGUAGCAGAACAGGCGGGAGACGGCAAGAUCGACCCUAAGCUACAGGGUAUUAUUGAGGGUAUCUUCCGGCGAUGCAUCGAGGACGGGGAGUUCAGGCAGGCGAUCGGUAUUGCGCUCGAAUCAAGACGUCUCGACGUCAUCAAGCACAUCUACGCGCAAACCCACGACACCAGCCUUCUUUCAUACGCGAUGGAGGCCGUCCUUGACACCGCCUUCCCCCUCGCGUACCGUGACCAAGUUCUCAAGUUCCUGUUCCCCUUGUUCCCCGCCCCGACCAGCGAUGCCAAGACGCAGCACGUAUACUCCUUAACCCGCAUUCUCGUCACCCUCAAUUCCCCCGACAUGACCAUCAGCUUCCUCAAUUCGCUGGUCCCGAGUCAGAAGCUGCUUGCAUACCAGUUCGCGUUCGACUUGGUCGAGGGUGGCGGCCAGGACUUCCUUGAGGCUGUUAGGAAGGACCUUCCUGAGGGCAACGAGGAGUCGAAACCUAUCUACGACGAGUUGCGCAAGAUUCUCCUCGGCCAGGAAUCCAUCAAGCUGUACCUCGAGUUCCUCAAGAGGAACAACAAGGUUGACAUGCUUAUUCUCAAGAACACCAAGGACGCGCUCGAGCCCCGGUCAUCAAUUUACCAUACCGCCCUCACGCUGCAAAACGCGUUCAUGCAUGCCGGCACGACGUCCGACGUUUUCCUGCGUGAGAACCUCGAAUGGCUCGCGCUUGCGAACAACUGGUCCAAGUUCUCCGCGGCUGCUGCCAUCGGUGUCAUCCACAAGGGUCACUUCCAGGAGAGUAUGAACAUCCUCGGCCCGUACCUGCCUACACCAGGCGCGGAGAGCAACAGCACCGGCAGCGUGGCCUACUCGGAGGGCGGUGCUCUGUAUGCGCUUGGUCUGGUCAACGCCGGGUGCGGCAGCGGCCAGGAGGUCGAGAACUACCUGCGCAAUCUUCUCAAGAAUGCCGGUAGCGAGGUCGUGCAGCAUGGAGCUGCUCUCGGUCUUGGUGUGGCAGGAAUGGGGGGCAAGAGCGCAGAGGCAUACGACGACCUGAAGCAGACGCUUUUCACCGACUCCGCGGUAGCGGGCGAGGCAGCGGGAUAUGCGAUGGGUUUGAUUAUGCUGGGUACUGCGGAUGGGACGAGCGCGGAGGAGAUGUUGACGUACGCAAGGGAAACCCAACACGAGAAGAUCAUCCGCGGUCUGGCGAUCGGUUUGGCGCUUAUUUUUUACGGACGUCAAGAAGAGGCAGACGAUAUCGUCAAGCUGCUCAUGGCGGAGAAGGACCCUAUUCUGCGCUACGGUGGUGUAUACACGCUCGCUCUCGCGUACGCGGGUACAUCGAACAACGCCGCUAUCCGGCAACUUCUGCACGUCGCCGUAUCGGACACGUCGGACGACGUUCGUCGUGCUGCUGUCACUAGUCUGGCCUUCCUGCUCUUCAAGAACCCUGCGCAGGUACCAAGGAUUGUCCAGCUGCUGUCGGAGAGCUACAACCCUCAUGUCCGUUGUGGUGCAACGCUCGCGCUCGGCAUUGCAUGUGCUGGUACUGGCCUCCAGGAUGCUGUCGAUAUCCUCGAGCCGAUGACUCGGGACAGCGUCGACUUCGUUCGCCAGGGUGCCCUCAUUUCGUUGGGUAUGAUCCUCGUCGAGCAGUCAGAAGCAUCAUCUCCGUCCCUGGCACCCACCCGUGCGCUUUACGCCAAGAUCGUCGCCGACAAGCACGAUGACCCCAUGGCACGCUUUGGUGCCGCUCUUGGCCAGGGUCUCAUUGAUGCUGGUGGACGGAAUGUUACUAUCAGUUUGCAGAGCCGGGCAGGCAGCCGCAACACCAGCGCCAUUGUUGGUAUGGUUCUGUUCUGCCAGUUCUGGUAUUGGUACCCUCUGGCGCACUGCGCAUGCUUGGCAUUCGAGCCCACCGGCAUUAUUGGUCUUGACGAGAACCUGAAGGCGCCCAAGUUCGAGUUCCUCUCCAACUCGAAACCCAGCUUGUUCGCAUACCCCUCUCCGACGAAGCCGCCAAAGAAGGAGGCUGUUGCCAAGGUCGCGACCGCUGUCCUCUCCACCACUGCGAAGGCGAAGGCCCGUGAAAAGCGCAAAGCUGCUGCGGAAGGCGAGACGGUGGCUGCUGAUGACAAGAAAGAUGGUGAUGUUGAGAUGAAGGCUGAGACGUCCACAACACGCAACGAGGACGUCUCCCCCAUCUCAGGCUCGCUAUCAAACCUUGCCGAGGGUACGAGCACACCGAAGUCCCGGAAGGAGCCCUCCUUCGAGAAGCUCAACAACUUCGCGAGGGUGACGCCGGUGCAACUGGCAUACAUCUCCUUCCCAAGUGAAAGCCGGUACCAGCCUGUACGCGUGGUGUCUACUCGCCCUCCCCCAAGCGCUGCGAAGCCCGCGAGGUCCCCCUCAGCCGCGGCGCUCGCCGCGGAACGCUACGCAGGUGGCGGUGGGAUUCUCAUCAUGGCCGACACGCGUCCUGGCGAGGAUGCGGAAUACAUCGAGUUCGAGACGCAGGCCGUGGCCCCAGCAGCAGCCGCUGUUCCCGCCGCGCAAAACCCGCCACCGACGGCCGCGGGUCGCCACAUCGCCCUCGACGAGAGCGCGCCUGAGGCGGACCCCCCAGAGUCGUUUGAGUACCCUUUCGAUCAUGAUACGUAGACGGGAAUGUCGUGUAAUCCAUAGCUCGGACUUAUUCAAUUCGCUUGCAACUCUC